AUGGGUGCCCUGAAAAUACCCCAAGCUAGAAUGUAUUGGGCUAAACAUACUGUAGUUGUGCCACUUGUUUGUGAAAGUAUGAAGCGGGAUAGAUUUUUUGAAGUUAGAAGCAAUCUUCAUUUUGUCGACGACAAUGACAGUAUUGAUAAAAAGGAUAAAUUGUGGAAAGUUCGGCCAAUGCUAGAUACAGUUCAGAAAGCCUUUCUAGAACUUCCAAAAUCAAAUCAUCUGUCAAUAGACGAACAAAUGAUCCCAUUUUCGGGGAAAUGUGUUGCAAGACAAUAUGUUCCAUCAAAGCCGAACCCUUUGGGACUAAAAAAUUUCAUCCUUGCUUCUAAAGAUGGUUUAGUUUUAGAUUUUGUGAUCUAUCAAGGGAAAGGAACUGUUCCAGAGGAUGAUGUGAAAACUUUUGGUUUAGGUGGCGCUAUUGUCAAAAGACUUGUUGAAAGCAUAAAAAAUCCAAAUUAUCAACAAGUUAUUAACACCGAUAGGUACUUCACAGGAAUUAAGAUAGCUGAGUAUCUUCUGAGUAAAGGGAUUUAUUCUACGGGAACUGUGAUGAGUAAUCGGACUCAGUCUGGAGCACAGAAGUUUCCAAGUGAUAACAUAAUGGUGCGAGGAGAUUACGUAGAAUUGUGCAGAUCCGAUGACAAAAUGACAUUAGUUAAAUGGAAGGACAAGAAAACUGUUUUGAUGUUAUCAACUCUUUGUGGAAUUGAGCCAUCCGAUAAAUGCAGAAGAUGGAGUAAACCUGAUAACAAAAAGAUUGACGUACCUCGACCUGCAUGCGUACGAUUGUACAACACGUACAUGGGUGGAAUUGAUUUACAAGAUAGGUUUAUCGCUCUGUAUCGCACAAACAACUAUGAGUCCCAUUCAUCUGCUGAAGUUUUAGACUAUUUAAAAGAUAAUGGUGUCACCCUGUAUUUUUUCCCACCUCACUGCAGCCACAAGCUUCAGCCGUUGGAUCGCAGCGUGUAUGGGCCAUUGAAGAAGCACGUCAAUACUGCCUGUGAUGCUUAG